GAUGCCUUUGGUGACUCCUCAAUGAUUUCCGAUUGAGACUAGUAGAUAUGGCAACAAGGCUCAGUGUGACGAUUGGGAUAUAAAAGACAGUGAUCAGCGACUUGAGAACAGUGGUACCCCACUACUGUGUUCUUUGCAACUUAUCACAGGUUAACGUCGCAACUACAUAAAAGACAGCCUAACCUACAUAAUUACCAUAUCAGAAUGGUGAAGCGAAGGGCUAUUACCAAUACACAACGUCGUGCACUUCGAGAUUGGUAUUUCGAAUCUGCCGUAGAAAAGCCCGCAAAAACACACACUGAUGCUUCCCUUUGGUGGGAACGUAUGUAUGGCUAUUACCUCAACUCAAGUACCACCGUGCGUACUGCCAAGGCAGCCACCGCAAGCGACAGCGCCCACCCAAAUGGGAGUCUCUGGAAGAAGAACUCAUCAAAUGGGCAUAUUGGCAUGAAUGCGUGGCCGGUAUUGGCCCUAUUACUGGCGCAAUGCUUCGUGAGCGCGGGACCGAGCUCUGGAACGCACUCGGAUGUUACCAAGACUUGCCGAUGCCUAGAUGGAGUGAAGGUUGGUUAUCUCGGUUUAGGUCACGUUAUGCACACCGGAAAGUGAAGAUUAUGGAUUCAAAUUCUAAUGUCAUUUAGCGAGAUCUGUAUAGAAGAGGAUACAGGCAUUUGCAUUGAUAGUCUAAAUUCCAAGUAGUUAUGGUCAGAUGUGUACGCAACCGAAGCGUUUGAUUGUUUCAAACUUUUUGCUCUGCAAUAGUUGGUCGAAAUGUCAAUGCAGCGCUUAUGGUAUUCAAACAAUGUAUUUAUUUCAAUAGAGAGAAGACCUGCGUAUGUUUGAUUUCA